AUUCUGAAGCACAGGAACUAGGAAGAAUAGGUCAGAGGCCGCCAUUACCGUAAGGAAUUUUGACAUCUCCAGCUUAAUACCAAUCCAACCCUCGAGAGGAUCUCUUGAUAAACAAGAAGUGGUCUGAGGCUGAAUCGGACGGACUCGGUGAGUCAACAAUGUUUGCUUUUCUCUGUUCAAGACAGCUUCUCUUACUUAAAAGUAGGAGGUCCCAAUUGGGGUUUAUUCAGCAAAAUGCUUUCUUUAUUCUAAAAUCAUUCGCAUCGAUAGGGUUAUGUCAAUCUAAUGAAACACAACAAGAAGAGAAACAUUCUUUUACAGUGUCUUACCUCAUAAACUCAUGUGGGCUGUCCCCAAAAUCUGCUAUUUUAGCAUCCCAGAGAAUGAACUUUGAUCGGUGAGUCAACAAUGUUUGCUUUUCUCUGUUCAAGACAGCUUCUCUUACUUAAAAGUAGGAGGUCCCAAUUGGGGUUUAUUCAGCAAAAUGCUUUCUUUAUUCUAAAAUCAUUCGCAUCGAUAGGGUUAUGUCAAUCUAAUGAAACACAACAAGAAGAGAAACAUUCUUUUACAGUGUCUUACCUCAUAAACUCAUGUGGGCUGUCCCCAAAAUCUGCUAUUUUAGCAUCCCAGAGAAUGAACUUUGAGAACCCAGAGAGACCAGACUCAGUGCUUAAUCUUCUCAAAGAGAAUGGAUUCACCCCUACCCAGAUCUCCAAAAUUGUCAGGGUACAACCAAUGUUGCUUUUAUCUGAUCCUGAGAAGACCCUUUUGCCCAAGAUUGAGUUUUUCCGUUCUGUGGGGGUUUCGAGCUCUGACCUCUCUGAGAUUCUCUCUUCAAACCCAUUGUUGUUAGCAAGAAGCUUACAGAAACAACUAAUCCCCUCCUAUGAUUUCCUCAAGACUGUACUUCUUGUCGACGAGAAAGUCCUUGCAACUUUGAAGCGCGCACCACGGUCUUUUCUGUAUAAUGUGACAAAUAAUAUGACUCCUAACAUUGCACAUUUGAGACAACUUGGAUUGCCUCAAUCUACCAUUUCUUUCUUGGUAAGUAAUUAUCCUUCUGAAGCGUUCGCUAAGCAUACUAGGUUUGUUGAGGCUGUCCAACAGGUUAUGGAAAUGGGAUUCAAUCCCUUGAAAACGGUGUUUGUCCUGGCAAUCCAAGUAUUAUUGAAGAUGAGUAAACCAAAGUUGGAGUCUAAGUUGGAGCUUUAUAAGAGGUGGGGUUGGUCAGAGGACAUGGCCCUCUCAGCAUUUAAAAGGCAUCCAAAUUGUAUGCUUUUAUCGGAUGGGAAGAUCACGAAAGCAAUGGACUUCCUUGUGAACAAAAUGGGUUGGCCAUCUGCUAAUAUUGCUAUUAAUCCUGUAGUUCUAUUUUUCAGCUUGGAGAAGAGGAUAAUGCCUAGGUUUUCAGUUAUUCAGAUUUUACAAGCGAAGGGUUUGGUCAAGAAUGAUUUGUCCUCAGGAUCUUUCAUACUACCUAGUGAGAAGUGCUUUGUGGAGAAGUUUUUGAUCAAAUUUCAAGACGAUGUUCCUGAACUGUUGAAUGUGUAUCGGGGUAAGAUGGAUCUUAUGGAGGUUGGAAGUCAAUCUGAGAAUGCACGUGGUGCUAAACAGUAGUAACAUUUUGACUUCCAACUUAAGGUAUGUGGCGAUAUGCGGAUGCUUGAAAAUGACAUGAAUAUCUUUUACAUUACACAACUUUCACGUGGUCACCAAACAGAACAAAGAUAAAGAGGCAUCUUUUCCAUGAUGUGAGCAGGUGAUGAAAUGUCUAAAGACGAAAGCGAUUCAGAAUUGAUCGAAAAGAUUUCUGGGCGCAAGUUGUUAUUGGAUGUGCACAAAAGCCACCCAAGUCAUUUUCAGGUAAUCAUAAAGGGUCAUUUGGGAAUCCCCUCUCCUUUUAUGCCUUUAAUUCCUGUUCUGUUGUUAUUCUAUCAACAACUGCAUGGGUUCUAUAAAUAGACAUAAACUGGUGCUGAAGCUCCUCACAGCAGCAGCAAAGCCUUUUAACUCUCACCCCAAAAGCUUGAAGCUUCUUUACACACUCACAUUUCCAACUCUUUCUAACCUUCACAACA